AUGACUAUUUUUUUUUGGCCUAUUUUUUUUUUUUGGCCUAAAUUUUUUUUGGCCUAUUUUUUUUGGCCUAUUUUUUUUUGGCCUAAUUUUUUUUGGCCUAUUUUUUUUUGGCCUAUUUUUUUUUGUCCUAUUUUUUUUUGGCCUAUUUUUUUUAGCCUAUUUAUUUGGCCUAUUUCAUGACGACUAUUUUUUUUAGCCUAUUUUUUUUUGGCCAAAAAAAAAUAG